AAUAAUAAUAGUUGUUUGAAUAUAUUCACAGAAUUGUUGGAUGUUGAUAAUUUCUACGGAGCCAUUGCUUGCUUAGACUUUAUUGAAUGAAAAUUGAAAAAUAUUCAAAUUUUUCUUAUAAACAAAAUGCGGUUGUAGAAAUUUGAAAAAAUGUGAAGGUAGUGAUGAAAGGUGUCAUUAGUAACAUUUUAAAAUUUUUCUGAAGGAAUUAAUGGAAUAAAUUGAAUUUUUAACGUGAAAAUGGAAAGUCUUUAUGUUAUAGCAUUAAAACCGAAGAGGUUAAGGAUGACGAAUCACUUCUGUUUUCUCAACUUGAUCAGUUUCGGGCGAGUGCUUCAAGUUCAUUUUCGACCCUUCAAGAGAAUUCUGACGAUAGUACUUCCCUAGUGUUUCCUGAAUCAUUUGGAGGUUCUGAUUUCGGAGGACUCUUGAACGAAAAUGGUUUUGCGGGCAGCUUUUGUAAGCCUGAAACGGCGAAGAUGUACUGUAAGCCAGAGGUUAUAAAAAUUCAUUCAGUGAAAUACAAAAUUUUGGAUGGAAAACAUGUGAAAAUUUGGUCGUGUGGUAUAUGUGGUAAAGAGUUUGGUCACCAAUAUACUCUUAUGCGCCAUCUACCGACGCAUACAGAUGAAAGAAAAUUCCAGUGCAACACUUGUGGAAAAGCUUUCCGCCAAAUGUCCACCUUGUCUCAACAUCGAGCCAUCCACUCUGCAGAGCGUCCAUUUAUAUGCGGAGUCUGUCAAAAAACUUUUAAUCGUGUGUCCACCUUAAUCUCUCACAGAAAAACACAUACCGGCUUGAAACCCCACAGAUGUCACUUGUGCAACAAGGCUUUCCAUCAGAAAGGAAAUUUGAGAAACCACAUAUUCACCCACACCAACGAGAGACCUUAUAAAUGUGAUAUUUGCGAAAAGGGAUUCAACCAAAUGUCAAAUUUGAUGUGUCAUAAACUUAAGGCUCACCAACGCGCCGACAAACCAAAGUACGUCUGCAGAAUCUGCGGCCAAGAUUUCACCAAACGCAUCGGACUGCGCAACCACGAACAACAUCAGCACGGCCUGAAUCAGAACUUGAUCAACCCUGCGUCACAACCAGAAAGAAUGAAGUACUCCAACGCGAUAAUCGUGGAUCCCAUCAGAACCGACGCCAUGCGACUGGCAAUGCAGUCCAAUCAAACGCCGUUCGCCCUGCUGAGACCUCUGACUGGCAUACCAGUGCUCGUCAGGGUUCUGCCUGCUGGAGACAAGCAGAUGCUGAUACCGGCCACUGCCGACGACCUGAAGAAGCACGGUCAGAUUUCCAUCAUCCCCAAAGUGAAUCCGGAUGAGAAUUCGAAUAAUAAUCCUAAUGAAUCGGAGAAUGCAGACAAACAAGGUACGGGCAGUUUUGGAAGCACCGUACAAAUAAAAAUUCCUGUGGUUGCCACCGUUAUUCAACAGAGUGGACGAGAUGGUAUGUCCAUGUCCAUUGUGAGUCCAGGCCCCAAUGGUGAAGUUAUCAACAAGCAAGAAUGUACUAGUAGAGAAAAUAAUAGUUUCGUUUUCACCUCUACGCUAACCGGUCCACAAAAUUCCGUUGAUUUGGUCAACAACAAGAACAUGUACGAUCAUAACCAAAUGGAAAACGCAGAAAUUGAAUUUUUCGAUCAAUCGGGUCACAUAAUUACUGAAGAACAGUUUCGAAAUGAUUAUCAACUGACUCCUAAUUCUUUCUACCAAAACAAUGGAAUAGGACUUCCGUCACAUUGCAUACAAAAUGGAAACGAGGACAAUUUCAACUCGGAGGCUUGCAUUUCAAUGAGGGCUCUUGAAGGACUUCAAGCCAAUGGAGAAGACGAUUCUCCGCACUACCUCAUGCCAUGGAGUUUUUGAAUUGGUGAAGUUUUGAUACUAAGAUUUCUCUUCUUUGUUCGCUUCAAGAAUUUAUCUGCGUUCGAUGUUAUUGUUUAAUUAUUUUAUUACUUAUCUGUAGAUGUUUCAAUUAGUGAUAGUUCAAAUUUUAUUGUGGUCGAAUGAUAAGGUUGAAAAAGUGAAUGUGUUAUCAUCAAUAAAUUGGAAUAAGUAUCGUAAA